AACGGCUUGCCUUGUUAGUUGUCUUUCUGGAAGUCGUGGGCUGUUGUGCCAAACGCGACAGCUUUAUGCCGCUCUCUUAAGAGCGCCUUUCCAUCAGCUGGUUACCGUUUUACGCCAUUAGAAGUCACAAAUGGAUCCGAAGUUCGGCGCCCGUGGAUUAGCGAGCCGGCAAAUACGCACUCCAUUGCCCGGGCAUGGAUGGCCCCGCGCGCCAAGGCAACCUCGCUUGCGCGUAACCGCCUUCAAGGAUUGGUUCAACAAUUUUGUACAGCAGCAGCAACAACAGCGCAAGGCUCCUCAGACCCUAACUCAAGAGCAGCCGCAGCAGCCAUCCCAACAGCCAUCUCAUCAGCAGCCCGCCGCAGCACCUGCCCCUCAGCCCGCCGUGCCAGCUCCACAACCCAAGGUUGCACCCAAGCGCGACUUUCUUGAAGCUCGUCAGGUCUCUCUCUUCCAGUUGUUUGACUCCUCCGAUUUCCGCUUCGACAUCCCGCCCUACCAGCGCCCCUACGCAUGGCGCAACAAGCAAAUGUACGAGCUGCUGCAGGACUUUCUCCGCGCCUACCAGAACCGGCAGGAGUACUUCCUGGGGGCUAUCGUGGCUACCCGGGCAGCGGAGGGGGCGCCGUACCAG